GUUCUACGAGGCGCAGAGGUCAGGUCCUCUCCCCGCUGACCAGAGGGUGACCUGGAGGAAGGACUCGGCGGUCAACGAUGGGUCAGAUGUGGGGCGCGACCUGUCUGGAGGAUAUUACGAUGCCGGUGAUUUCGUGAAAUUCGGCUUCCCGAUGGCCUUCACAGCGACCGUGCUUGCUUGGGGCCUCGUCGACUUCCCCGCCGGGCACCAGACGGCAGGUCAGACCGAGUAUGCCAGAGCAGCUGUGAAGUGGGCCACUGACUACUUCCUUAAGGCUCACACUUCAUACUUUGAACUCUAUGGCCAGGUGGGCGACGGGUACGCUGACCACGCCUACUGGGGCCGCCCCGAGGAGAUGACGAUGGCUCGACCCUCCAUGAAGAUUGAUAACGACCACCCAGGCACGGAGUUGGCCGGAGAGACAGCUGCUGCUCUUGCCGCUGCGUCUAUCGCCUUCAAGGACUCGGACCCGACCUACUCGAGCCAGAUGUUGGAAGUGGCGAAGGAACUCUACGACUUCGCUGACCAACGCCGCGAGAACUACGACGUGUCCAUCCCCGGCGCUGCGGACUUCUACAAGUCGUGGAGCGGCUACGGGGACGAGCUGUGCUGGGCUGCGCUGUGGCUGGCUCGUGCGACGGGCGACUCCAGCUACAUGACGAAGGCCAGGCAGCACUGGGACGAAUUCGGAAUCUCGAACGGCGCUGACGGCUUCAACUGGGACGACAAGAAGGGAGGAGUUUAUGCCCUGUACGCCCUCAUGGAUUCCGACCCGACCUUCAGCGGCGCCCUGGCUGGCUUCGUCGAGCACAUCCGCAACGACAAGCCCUACACGCCCGGAGGCCUCGUCUUCCUGGACCCGUGGGGCGCCAACAGGCACGCUGCCAACGUCGCCUACAUCGCGCUCAUGGCCGCCAAAUUAGGGAUCGAC